AUGUCUGGGCCCCUGUUGUACGCUCAAGUCAACAAUCGACUAGUAUUAAAACUAGCGUCCUCUUCCGGUGAAAAAGACCCGGUUCUUGCACUUGGUCCCACCGACCAGGACGUCAGCAUCGAAUCGCUAGACUCGUUUCCUUCUUCAGGCCAAAUUUCCAAAAUAGCAGGCCUGAUCGGGUGCAUUAAGCUUAAGAAUAACGCUUAUGCCAUCCUUGCUCGCAGGGUUGAAGAAUACGGCUCGUUGGCCGGCCACAGAGUGUUCAAAGUCGUGGAACACGCAGUCGUAGCACUCAACAAUUUGAGCAAAAAAGAUAAAGAUGAACAGCAGUAUUUGGCACUUUUGGAGCUGCAAUUGUCGAACUCGACCCUUUUCUUCUCUUACACGUACGAUUUGACGAACUCCGCGCAACGGAACGAAAAACUGGGCACCUACUCGUGGAAUAAGGCAGACACUCGUUUCUUCUGGAACCAUUUUGCCACACAAUCGCUGCAAAAACUGGCCGGUACAGACCAAAGAGCCGCUCGCUUUAUACAGCCCAUGAUUUACGGGUAUGCCCAUUUCAUCGAUUCGAACAUUCACAACACUCCAAUCACGAUCGGUCUUGUGACUAGAAGAAGCAGAUUUCGGGCUGGAACCCGGUACUUCCGCCGUGGAGUUGACGCAGAUGGCAAUGUUGCAAAUUUCAACGAGACAGAACAAUUUCUGGUGGUCAAAUCCGGCGGCCAGUCGGACCGUUGGGACUUUUUCGCGUUUCUGCAAACGCGAGGCUCUGUUCCGGUUUACUGGGGCGAGAUCAACAACCUCAAAUACAAGCCCAACCUUGUCUUGGGCCAAACCACCUCUCUGGACGCCACUGCCCGGCAUUUCGAGCAGCAGAAACAUCUUUACGGUGAGAACUACCUUGUAAAUUUGGUCAAUCAACAGGGACACGAGCUGCCGGUCAAAAAUGCUUACGAAUCUGCUGUUAGUGGUCUAAACGACCCCAAGAUCCACUAUGUGUAUUUUGAUUUCCACCAUGAGUGUCGGAAAAUGAAAUGGCAUAGAGUCAAGCUGUUGAUUGAUCACUUACAAAAAUUGGGCCUUGACCCAAGGGACGUGUUCCGAAAGACGGUUUCAAUGAAUGGUAGUACAAUUGAGGUUUUGAGAGAACAGAAAUCGGUUGUCCGCACCAACUGCAUGGACUGUCUAGAUAGAACAAAUGUUGUCCAAUCUGUGCUCGCUCAUUGGGUUUUGCAGCAAGAGUUUGUUACUGCGAACGUUCUUUCUCCUGAACAGCUAUGGGAACAAGACCUGAAACUUCUAGUACAGUUUCAGAGCUUUUGGGCCGAUAACGCGGAUAUGGUCAGUUUUGCGUAUUCCGGGACUGGCGCGUUAAAGACAGACUUCACAAGAACUGGUAAGCGUACCCGCUCUGGUGCUUUCAAUGACUUUUUGAACUCAGUGUCUCGCUAUUACCAAAAUAAUCUCACCGAUGGUCCUCGACAGGAUAGCUUUGACUUAUUUUUGGGCAAUUUUUCGCCUUCAGAUCUUGGAUACCAGUCCCCAUUUGCCGAUAGAAGACCAUUCCCAAUUCAAAUAAUACCCACCGUUAUCUGCGCCGCAUUGACUGUAAUUGCAGCCACCAUUUUUUUCCCCAAAAAUCAUUUUACUAGCUUCAAAAACCUGUCCUUCCUGUUUUUGUCUGGUGCUAUUGUGGGACUUUCUUUGAGAUUCAUUUUCAGAAAUGGUGAGCAAUUUGUCAACUGGCCUAGGUUCAGUGACCUAGGAUUCCUGGUCGCGGUUCAAACCCACAAUAAGGAGCGAGCUUUUAAAGGGAUCAAGUACGUUCAAAGCUCCGAGUUUUCAAGACCUGAAACUUCUAAAAAGGACUGA